UAUUUAUUAUUCUUUCCCUUGUUUUCACAAACCCCUUUCAUCAGGAAAAUAAGAAACCCUUCACUCAUUCAUCACCAUUAUUGGCUUCUCAUUUUAUACCAAAAAAAAAAAAAAAAAAAAAAGAGGAGGGGUUUUCUUCAUUUUCCGUUUCUCACAUUCCUUGAGGAGAAAGAACAUAUGUACAAAAGGUCUAUCUUCAUGCAGUUCACAAAUAUUACUACGUCUUCUUGCAACAUUGUUGGGGGUAUACAACUAGUUAGGGGCAGGGAGAGAGCGUCAUGGCGAAAAAUUACAUUGUACAAAUAGGGUGAAAAGAAUUUGUUAUAUAUUUAUAAACUGUUGAAUCCUCUUGAUAUAGGGGAAGCUUAUAGUGCAACAUUAAUGGUUGUUAAAAGUUGCUUAAGGUUGCAGGUUCAGAUCUUAGGUGUGGAUUCUUAGAUUCUGAUUGGGGAAUUGGCACAAAAUGGUUAACGAAGAAAAUAAGAUUCAGAAGUCGAGGUCUUUCAAUUUUAGGAAGAUAUUUGAGAUUCCAAGUAGAUUGGCACAUAGCAUUGGGGGGGAUAGCGGUAGUGAUGAAGAGGACAUGGAUGACAACAUUGGCAACGUCCAAUUUAUUAGCCAAGGCGGAACACCGUCUGUACCUUUAGAAAAUCAUCAGAUGGAUAAUGAACCUGUUUCAAGCUUAACCCAGGAUGCAGCUAAGGCAGGAAAUACCCGAAAAGAUAAAGAACCUACAGACAUGGAGUUGAUGAAAGAAAGGUUUGCAAAGCUGCUUUUAGGGGAGGAUAUGUCAGGAGGAGGAAAAGGUGUUUCAUCAGCUCUGGCUUUAUCAAACGCCAUUACCAAUCUAGCUGCUUCUGUUUUUGGAGAACAAUCGAAACUGGAGCCUAUGUCACAAAAGAGAAAAGACAGGUGGAGAAAAGAAAUCGACUGGCUAUUAUCUGUGACAGAUUACAUUGUUGAGUUUGUCCCCGCGCAACAAAAAUCAAAAGAUGGAACAAACAUGGAGAUAAUGGUUACUCAACAAAGAAGAGAUCUGGUCAUGAACAUCCCUGCUCUGAAGAAGCUUGAUGCAAUGCUCAUUGACUGCUUAGAUAACUUCAAAGAUGCAAAAGAAUUCUGGUAUGUCUCGAAAGAUGCUGAAGAAUCCGAGAAAGGUGUCCAGAGGACUGAUAAAUGGUGGCUACCUACAAUCAAGGUUCCACCUGAGGGACUCUCAGAUGCUUCCCGGAGAUGGCUACAAUAUCAGAAGGAUUGUGUGAACCAAGUACUCAAAGCAUCCAUGGCGAUUAACGCUCAAAUACUAGCAGAAAUGGAAGUCCCUGAAAACUACAUUGAAUCUCUCCCCAAGAAUGGUCGAUCAAGUCUUGGUGAUUCAAUCUACAAGAACAUCACGGUCGAAUUCUUUGAUCCAGAACAAUUCCUUUCAACCAUGGACAUGUCAUCAGAACACAAAGUUCUUGACCUUAAAAACAGAAUUGAAGCAUCUAUUGUGAUUUGGAAGAGGAAGAUGCACCAAAAAGAUGGAAAAUCUUCUUGGGUUCCAGCUGUGAGUUUGGAGAAGAGGGAGCUCUUUGAAGAGAGAGCAGAGACCAUCUUACUCCUGCUAAAACACAGAUUUCCUGGAAUUCCUCAAUCUUCCCUUGAGAUCAGCAAAAUCCAAUAUAACAGAGAUGUGGGACAUGCUGUUCUGGAGAGCUACUCAAGGGUGCUAGAAAGCCUAGCCAACACAGUUAUGUCGCGUAUUGAGGAUGUCCUAUACGCAGAUUCUGUCACACAAGAUCCAUCACUUGCAAUAGCAAAGUGGAACCCUUCAGCUGAAUCUUCACCUCAGCAACCACUAAGUGGAAUGUCAACUCCCAGGGGAGAGACAGAGAUGUUGAGUUCUGCAGCAGAAACACCAACCUCAAUGACCUUGUCUGACUUCAUGGGCUGGAAUAUGGAGCAAGGAGAGGGAGACAUAAGUAAGAAUCAGGAGACUUUUUGCCCAAGAUGAUAAUGAAAAAUCCAUGAACUAACGUUAGUUUUCUUACAUUGAAAGUGGCCUAACAACUCCCUACUGCUCGGCAUUAAACAUGAAAGGGAUCAAAGUCUGAUUCAUACAGUAGAGAACCAUAUCAGUGUCUAAUUUCUCUUACCAGUGUAUGCAAGAAUGUAACUGCUCUUCUUCUCAAGCCAAUAGGUAAUUUCAAGAUGUUAUUCAUUUUUAGAUGUUUUUUUUCUUUUUUAUAGCAUUCUUGGCUUUUUGCUUUUGGAUAGUGUUCCUCACGAAGUACCCCAUGUCCAUCUCCAAGCAUAAGUCACUGCAGGGUUUUAAGUAUAAACUUUGAUGCUAAGCACUCAGGAGAA